UUUAGGCUUAUGCAAAAGUUGGUAUUCGUUACUGGGAACGUGAAUAAAGUAAAAGAAGUGCGCGCUAUUCUUGGAGAUUGGUUCAUGAUCGAGAAUGAAGACAUCGAUUUGCCGGAAUAUCAAGGAGAACCAUCUGAAAUAGCCAGGCUUAAAUGUUUGACAGCCUCACAACGACUGCAACGGCCCGUGAUAGUUGAAGAUACGUGUCUGUGUUUUAAUGCUCUUGGAGGUCUGCCAGGGCCGUACAUCAAGUGGUUCCUUAAGAACUUGGAGCCUCACGGUCUCCACAAAUUGUUAGCUGGUUUUGAAGAUAAAACCGCAUAUGCACAGUGUAUAUUUGCAUAUUGCGAAAACUCUUCUAAACCUGUCCUCCUUUUCGAAGGAAGAACGAAUGGAAGAAUAGUUGAACCCAGAGGAGACACGAAUUUUGGUUGGGAUCCAUGUUUUGAACCAGAAGGUUUCUCACAAACAUACGCAGAAAUGGGCUGUGCGAUGAAAAAUACGAUUAGUCAUAGAAGUAAGGCCUUGGCACAGCUGAGAAAUUAUUUUGAGAAUAAAUCUUGA